CAUCGCUCUCCGCCCUCCUGUGCAUCCACCCAUCCCCAUCACAUUGCUAGCAGUCGCAGUCUUGCGGCUAUUUAGCCAUCAUGACCUUGUUCAUCCUUACCGAGACGCCGGCGGGCUAUGCGCUGCUCAAGGCAAAGGACAAGAAGCUCCUCAAGCGGGAUGACCUGGCGAGCGAAGCAGCGACAGCAGAGGGCGUAUGCAGUCUGCUCAAACUCAAGCAGUUCAAGAAGUUUGAGAGCGCGAGCAGUGCAUUGGAGGAGGCCGCAGCGUUGACGGAGGGAAAGGUCACCCCCAUGCUGGCAAACUUGUUGAAGGACUUGAAAGAGGAGAAGAAGGUGUCGCUCGCUGUCGCCGACCCGAAACUGGGCAAUGCCAUCACCAAGAUGCCCGGCCUCGAAAUCUCGCCCGUGUCCGACUCGAGCACCGCAGACCUCUUCCGUUCCAUUCGAGAGCACAUGACCUCUCUCAUCCCCGGCCUCCUCCCCGACGAGAUCAACACCAUGUCGCUCGGUCUGUCGCACAGCCUCUCCAGACAUAAGCUCAAGUUCUCGCCAGACAAGGUCGAUACCAUGAUCAUUCAGGCCAUCGCACUCCUCGAUGACCUCGACAAAGAGUUGAACACCUACGCAAUGAGAGUGAAGGAGUGGUAUGGCUGGCAUUUCCCCGAGAUGGCACGCAUCAUCAACGACAACCUGGCCUACUCUCGCGUCAUUCUUUCCGUGGGCAUGCGGAGUAAUUGCAGCAACACCGAUCUGACCGACAUCCUACCCGAGGAGAUCGAGGGUGCCGUUAAGGCGGCUGCCGAAGUUUCCAUGGGCACGGAGAUCACCGAAGAAGAUCUUGACAAUAUCCAGGCUCUUGCGGAGCAAGUCGUCGGCUUCACCGAGUAUCGACAACAACUGGCAUCCUACCUGUCGGCGCGUAUGCAAGCUAUCGCACCCAAUCUUACCGCGCUUGUCGGCGACUUGGUUGGCGCACGACUGAUCGCGCACUCGGGCUCCCUCCUGAACCUCGCCAAGUCGCCCGCCUCCACCGUGCAGAUCCUUGGCGCUGAGAAGGCUCUCUUCCGUGCGCUAAAGACGAAACACGACACACCGAAAUACGGACUCAUCUACCACGCCAGCCUUAUUGGUCAAGCAACCGGUAAGAACAAGGGCAAGAUCGCACGCAUGCUCGCCACGAAGGCAACGCUCGGCCUGAGGGUGGACGCGCUCAGCGACUGGGGUGCAGCUGGCGAGGGCAAAGGACAAGAGCCGACGGAAGAGGAGAAGGCAAGCGUUGGUGUACAAGGGCGCGCGCUGCUUGAGCGGAGACUUCGAGCGCUGGAGGGCAAGCCAUUGCGACCGACUGGUGUUUCUAUUGGCCCACAAGGCCAGCCGGCCAAGUUCGACAUCAAAGAGGCCAGGAAGUACAAUGCGGACGCCGAUGGUCUCGAGCCUGACGCUGGGCCCGAUCUGCUCAAUGGCGAGCCGUCGAACAGCAAGAAGCGGAAGCUGGUGGAGGAAGUGGACGAGAGCGCUGCUUCCAAGCCCAGCUCCUCGAAGGUGGCCAAGCAAAAGAUUGUCGCUGAGCCGGAUUCCUCCUCUUCUGACGAGGACGAUGAUGCAGACGAUAUCGAAGAGCUCGAGGAUGCAGCGAACGAGGGAGACGGCAAGCUGAUCGCCAAGACCAAGGUCAACGGUACCGCAGAGCGAGUGCCCGCUACCAACGGCGAGCUGCGCGAUCCAGAGCUGUCGACGUCGAGUGACAAGAAGAAGAAGAAGCUGGAGAAGGAGCAGAAGAAGGCUCUGAGGGCGGCGAAGAAGGCGGAGAAGAAGGCAAAGAAGCUGGACAAGGAAUCUUCGUCGAAGAAGCGGAAGGCGGAUGACGGAGAGGAGAGGAAGGAGAAGAAGAAGAAGGUCAAGACCUGAGCACAUCAUCGCUUUCGAAGGUUUACAUUGUCUUGACGGUUGUGGGUUGGGUGUCGGAGCAUAGGAGCUUGGUGUUGCGCCGCAUGAGCGACUGGGUUUCUUUCGACGGCGAACGGGUGGGAUCAAGGCGUGCUGCUCGGAGGCUGGCGGAGUUCAGCAUACCGCCGAUUUGACUUCGUUGUCGGCAUCGAACUGUGCCUAUUACCUGCUACACUGAGUGCAUACUCUACAUAAUGUGUUCAGAAAUGACAUGGCCCGUGUGGAUGACAUUUGAAUU